AUGGGGCUCUGCUACAGUCUGCGCCCGCGGCUCUUUGGGGACCCCGGCGGAGGCGGCUCCAUCUCCAGCGCCGCCUCGGAGCCCGAGCAGCCCGCAGAGCACACGGCCCCCCCGCCGCAGCCGCUCGGAGCCCCGCGGGGAGGCAGCUGCUGCGGGCAGCCGGGGGCCGGGGGCUCGCUCCACCCUGCAGACAAGCCCGGGGGAGAGGCGGACGGGCCGCCGCCGCCGCUGCUGCUGCAGAACGGAGGCGGCAACGGGGCGGCCCCGGAGCGGCAGCCGCUGCCGAAGCCCGGCGGCAAACAGCCCCGGCAGCCGCCUCAGCCGGCCGCGCUGCAGAGACCCUGGGAGAAGCUGCGCCUGGAAGAGCGGGAGGCGGAGAAGGAGGCGAGGAAAGUCAGCAAGAGCAUCGACCGGGCGCUGAAGGAGCAGAAGCGGGAGUACAAGCAAACGCACCGGCUGCUGCUGCUGGGAGCUGGUGAGUCAGGAAAAAGCACUAUUGUGAAACAAAUGAGGAUCCUGCAUGUCAAUGGAUUUAAUUCAGAAGAAAAGAAACAGAAAAUACUGGAUAUUCGGAAAAAUGUUAAAGAUGCGAUUGUGACUAUAGUUUCAGCAAUGGGCACUUUAAUACCCCCAGUUCCACUGGCCAAUCCGGAAAACCAGUUUCGAAUGGACUACAUCAAGAGUAUAGCUCCGCUUUCCGAUUUUGACUAUACACAGGAAUUCUUUGAACAUGCAAAAAAGCUCUGGGAUGAUGAAGGAGUAAAGGCAUGCUUCGAGAGGUCAAACGAAUACCAACUGAUUGACUGUGCACAGUACUUUCUGGAAAGAAUUGACAGCGUCAGUAUGGUUGACUAUACACCCACAGACCAGGAUCUAUUAAGAUGCAGAGUUUUGACAUCAGGGAUUUUUGAAACAAGAUUUCAAGUAGAUAAAGUAAAUUUUCACAUGUUUGAUGUAGGUGGCCAGAGAGACGAAAGAAGAAAAUGGAUCCAAUGUUUUAAUGAUGUCACUGCUAUAAUCUUUGUUGUGGCCUGUAGCAGCUACAACAUGGUAAUAAGGGAAGACAAUAACACAAACAGACUACGGGAAUCCCUGGAUCUCUUCAAAAGCAUCUGGAACAAUAGGUGGUUACGGACCAUUUCUAUCAUUUUGUUCUUGAACAAACAGGAUAUGCUAGCUGAAAAGGUCUUGGCAGGGAAAUCAAAAAUUGAAGAUUACUUUCCUGAAUAUGUGCGUUACACUGUACCUGAUGAUGCAACACCAGAUGCUGGAGAAGAUCCCAAAGUCACAAGAGCCAAGUUCUUUAUCCGGGAUGAGUUUUUAAGGAUAAGUACAGCAAGUGGAGAUGGCAGGCAUUACUGCUACCCACAUUUCACAUGUGCAGUGGACACAGAAAACAUCCGCAGAGUGUUCAACGAUUGUCGAGACAUCAUUCAGAGAAUGCAUCUUCGCCAGUAUGAACUCUUGUGA